AUGGAAGGUUUAGAUCUUAUUUCAGAGAAAAGAGAUGAUGAUCCUAAAGAGAUUAUUCUGAACAGCACCAACACAGAUGAAGAAGAUAAUAUUCCUGAAUUUGAGGAAGAUUUGAUACGAUGUGAAUAUGAGGCAACAGAAGAAAUUGGUCCUGUAACAAUUACCACAGAUCCGAAGACAUUUCAGUAUGAACUCAGGGAGCUCUAUGUUCAGGGUGGUGGUGACUGUCCAGAGAUGAGCAUUGGGGCUAUCAAAAUUGCUCUAGAAAUAUCUCUUCCUGGUUCAUUUAUCUAUGUAUUCACUGAUGCACGGUCUAAAGACUACAAACUGGCUCAUGAAGUACUGCAGCUGAUUCAACAGAAGCAGUCGCAGGUUGUAUUUGUCCUAACAGGAGACUGUGAUGACAGAGCACAUAUUGGUUACAAGGUCUAUGAAGAAAUUGCCUCAACAAGCUCUGGUCAAGUUUUUCACUUAGACAAAAAGCAAGUCAAUGAGGUAUUAAAAUGGGUUGAAGAAGCUGUGCAAGCCUCCAAAGUUCAUCUGUUGUCCACGGAUCAACUGACUUCAGCAGUAAAUGGUUGGCAGAUCCCUUUUGAUCCUAGCUUGAAAGAGGUCACAGUGUCUCUGAGUGGCCCUUCUCCAACAAUUGAAGUCUAUAAUCCUUUAGGUAAGCUUAUGAAGAAAGGAUCUGGCUUGAAUGAGUUACUAAAUAUUGAAAACUCUGCGAAAGUACUGAAUGUAAAAGAUCCAGAGCCAGGAAUGUGGACAAUUAAGACAUCAAGUGGUGGACGACACUCUGUUCGCAUUACCGGUCUCAGUACCAUUGACUUCAGAGCUGGUUUUUCCAGAAAGCCAACAUUAGACUUCAGAAUGACUUCCAGCAGACCAGUGCAAGGGAUACCUACCUACAUUCUACUGAAUACUACAGGGAUCUAUCUACCUGCGAGAGUGGAUCGUCUAGAACUGCUCAGUAUCACUGGAGAGCUUCUGAAGACAAUUCCUGUUAAAUAUUUCCCCAGUAGAAAACCCUAUGGAAUCUGGAACAUUACUGAGUUUAUUCCACCAAAUGAAGCCUUUUUUCUUAAAAUAACUGGUUAUGACAAAGAUGACUACCUCUUCCAGAGAGUUUCCAGUGUUUCAUUUUCUAAUAUUAUUCCUGAUGCUCCAAGAGUAAGCAUGCCCAAGAGUACACCAGGAUAUUAUCUGCAACUUGGUCACAUUUCUUGCCACAUUGCCAGUCUUAUACCUUUUACUAUGUACUUCAGCAGAAAUGGAAUGAAACUGGGUAUGGAUCAGUUUUUCAAGGAAACUGCUAGUGUGAACUGGGAGAUUCCCAAGGUGUCUUUAUCAGAUGAGGGCUAUUAUGAAUGUACUGCCAGCAGCAGUGCAGGAACUGGGCAAGCACAGACAUUUUUGGAUGUCUCAGAGCCACCACCUAUCAUACAGGUUCCCAAUAAUGUUACUGUAAGUCCUGGUGACCGAGCUGUAUUGACAUGCUUAACUCUGAGCACAGUGCGUUAUAACCUUACAUGGAAAAGAAACAAUAAAGAUCUGAAACUCUUGGAGCCUUCCAGAAUACGGAUGAUGAGCAAUCUUUCUCUUGAAGUCAAAAUGGUAAAACUCGCAGAUGCAGGAGAAUACAGUUGUGUGGCAUCUAAUGAAGGUGGCUCUACUGUGGCAUCUGUAUUCCUCACAGUGCAAGAACCACCCAAAGCUACGGUCUCACCCAAGAAUCAGACAUUUAUUGAAGGAUCUGAGGUGUCCAUUGGCUGUUCAGCAACUGGGUAUCCAAAGCCAACAAUAGUGUGGACUCACAAUGAUAUGUUUCUCAUGGGCUCCCACAGAUACAGAUUAACUCUGGAAGGGACCCUAGUUAUAAAAAAUACAGUCCCCAAAGACGCAGGGUUGUACGGCUGUUUGGCUAGCAAUGCAGCAGGAACCAUCAAGGAGACAGCUGUCCUCACGUAUAUUGAGGCCCCGAAGUUGACUGUAGUCCAAAGUGAACUCCUCGUUGCCCUUGGGGACACUACUGUGAUGGAAUGCAAAAGCACUGGAGUUCCACCUCCAGAUGUUAAAUGGUUUAAAGGUGACUUAGAGUUAAGAGCAUCAGAUUUUCUUCUUAUUGACUUCCAACGUGGAAUUCUGAAGAUUCAGGAAACACAAGAUCUGGAUGCUGGUGACUAUAUGUGUGUCACAAGCAAUAUUGCAGGAAGUGCAUCUGGCAAAAUAACUCUGGAUGUUGGCUCUUCUCCAAUUUUCACACAGGAACCUAGUGAUGAGUCUGCUGAUAUUGGUUCGAAUGUGACAUUAGCUUGCUUCGUUCAGGGUUAUCCAGAACCCAAGGUGAAAUGGCGACGACUGGAUGGCACCCCACUUUUCUCCAGGCAUUUUUCAGUUAGUUCCAUCAGUCAACUCAGAACUGGCGCCCUUUCUAUUAACAAUGUAUGGGUUAAUGAUGAGGGAACCUAUAUCUGUGAAGCCGAAAAUCAGUUUGGGAAGAUUGUCUCGCGGCAUGCUACUCUUACAGUGACAGGACUUGUUGCACCUCUAAUUGGAAUGAGUCCAGCUACAGCUAAUGUAAUUGAAGGUCAACAGCUUACAUUGUCAUGUGUGCUGCUGGCAGGAAAUCCUAUUCCAGAGCGAAAGUGGAUUAAAAAUAGUAUGAUGGUAGUUGAGACUCCCUACAUCAAUAUUCGUAGUGAUGGGAGCCUUCAUCUUGAAAGAGUUCGGCUGCAGGAUGCUGGGGACUACACCUGCAUGGCAAAAAAUGUUGCUGGAACUUACAAUCAAACAACUGCCCUCAAUGUAUUCGUUCUACCCAUAAUUCAACAUGGACAGCAGAUAUUCAGUACUAUAGAAGGCAUCCCGGUUACACUGCCCUGCAAAGCCAGUGGAGUUCCUAAACCAUCAAUAGUCUGGUCCAAGAAAGGAGCGGUGAUUCCUCCCACCAAUCUAAAAUUUUCUGCAGGGUCUGAUGGGAGUCUGUAUAUAGUUUCUCCAGGAGGUGAAGAGUCUGGAGAAUACAUCUGCACUGCAACAAAUGCAGCAGGCUAUGCAACACGGAAGGUGCAAUUGACUGUCUAUGUAAAACCAAGAGUGACCAGACCUGAAGAUCAGCAAGGAAGUUCUCUGGACAACCCUUUAGAGCUUUCAGUGGUAGCAGGGGAAGAUGUCACACUUCCUUGUGAAGUGAAAAGUUUGCCACCUGCUAUAAUAACCUGGGCUAAAGAAAUGCAGCUUAUCUCUCCCUUCUCUCCAAGACACACCUUCCUCCCCUCAGGUUCAAUGAAGAUCAUGGAGACACGGGUUUCAGACAGUGGCAUGUAUCUCUGCGUAGCCACAAAUAUUGCUGGCAAUGCAACUCAGGCAGUGAAACUAAAUGUACAAGUUCCUCCAAAGAUACAACGUGGGCCUCGAGUGAUGAAAGCAAAAGUUGGUUACCGGAUUGAUCUACCUUGCAAUGCUCAGGGGAUCCCAUCUCCAACAAUUACUUGGUUUAAAAACCAAAGACCCAUUUUAAUAGACAACGGACAGUAUGCUGUUGCUUCAGAUGGGACACUAAGCAUUAGCCAAGUCCUGCUUUCAGAUUCUGGAAUCUACAGAUGUGUGGCGAGUAACAUUGCUGGCCAUGAUGAAACUGAGAUAACAAUCCAUGUUCAAGAGGCUCCUACUGUAGCUGCACUUGAUCCACCAUACAACACUCCAUUUCAAGAAAGAGUAGCAAAUGAGCAGAUUGCCUUCCCAUGUCCAGCAAAAGGUACUCCAAAACCUAUUAUAAAAUGGCUACACAACAACAGGGAACUAACUGGUUCUGAACCUGGUAUUUCUAUAUUGGAAGAUGGAACUCUGCUGGUCAUUGCUUCAGUUUCACCAUUCAACAAUGGAGAAUAUGUCUGCACUGCAGUAAAUGAAGCUGGGAGCACAGAGAGAACAUAUAAUCUGAAGGUUCAUGUUCCGCCUGAAAUCAGAGAUCAGGACAAAGUGACAAAUGCAUCUGUAACUAUUAAUCAGUCAGUAAGUCUGUUCUGUGAAGUAUCUGGCAACCCGUUUCCAAUCAUCACUUGGUAUAAAGAUGACACCCAGGUUGUGGAGAGCAAUACUCUACAGAUUUUGAAUAAUGGAAAGCUGUUGAGGCUUCUUAAAGCUGCUACUGGUGAAGCUGGCCAGUAUUCGUGCAAAGCUACCAAUAUAGCAGGAAGCGUAGAGAAGUUCUUCAUUGUAGAUGUACAAGUCCCACCUACUAUAAGAGGUGCAGAUACACCCAGUGAAGCUUCAGUCGUCCUCAACCAAGAUGCCACUUUGGAAUGUAGAGUCAGUGGCUCUCCUUUUCCCACCAUCCAGUGGUUCAAAGAUGGCAAGCCCCUCUUCUUAGGAGAUCCUAACAUUGAAAUUUUGGACAAAGGCCAGAUCCUGCAUAUUAAGAGUGCUCGGAGAAUUGACAAAGGGCGGUAUCAGUGCAGCGCAACCAAUUCUGCUGGUAAACAGCUUAAGGAGCUCAGACUCGCCGUUCAUGUCCCACCUGCAGUUAAAGGAGGAAAUGUUACCAUAGAAGUCUCAGCAUUGCUGAACAGCAUAAUAAAGCUAGAGUGUGAGACAAGGGGAAUCCCAGCUCCUACAAUAACAUGGUAUAAAAAUGGACACCCCAUCACUUCCAAUACCCAAGCCCUUUACCUGGAAAGAGGGCAGUUCCUUCAGAUUCCUCAUGCUCAAGUCUCCGAUUCUGCUAAAUACACCUGUAAAGCAACUAACGUAGCUGGAACUGCUGAAAAGCUAUUCCAAGUGGAUGUUUAUGUCCCUCCAGUUAUUGAGGGUGACUCUGAAACAAUCCAGAACAAACAAGUGGUUGCUGGCAGUUCGCUGGUGUUGGAGUGUAAUGCAGCUGGCAACCCACCUCCCCUAUUGACUUGGCUAAAGGAUGGAAUUCCUGUGAAAGCCAGUGACAAUCUCCACAUUGUGUCUGGUGGAAGGAAGCUGGAAAUCCUGAAAGCUGGAGAGACUGACCUUGGACAGUAUGUAUGUGUGGCCACCAGCAUAGCAGGAGAAAAGGAAAUCAAAUAUGAUGUGGAAAUCCUAGUCCCACCUAGUGUGGAAGGGGGAAAUGAUUCUUCAGACCACAUUGUGAUUCUCCACAGCCCCCUAGAGCUGGACUGCCCAGCGACAGGAUCACCGCUGCCAAAAAUCAUGUGGUUUAAAAAUGGCCUGCCUAUUGAAGGGGGAGUUGGAUACAAGUUCUUACUGAAUGGACACAGACUUGUCAUCUCACGAGCUGAAGUAUCAGACACUGGUCAUUACCAGUGUGUAGCAACAAACAAGGCGGGUGAAAACAAAAAGGAAUUUGAAGUUACUGUGCAUGUGCCUCCAACAAUCAAGUCAACUGGACCACCUGAGAGAUCUGUGGUGAUGCACAAACCACUAACCUUGCAGUGCAUAGCCAAUGGUAUACCCAUCCCAUCUAUUACAUGGUUGAAAGACAGCCAGCCCAUAAACACAGCUAGAGAAAAUAUUGGGCUGGAAUCUUCAGGACGCAUUCUGCAGUUGGACAAGGUCCUCAUGGAAGAUGCUGGCAGAUAUACCUGUGUAGCAACAAAUGCAGCUGGGGAAGCCCAAGAGCAUGUCCAGCUCCAUGUGUAUGAGCCUCCCAGUCUGAAGGAUGCAGGAAAAAUGAUAAAUGAGACAGUGAUUGUGAACAACCCAAUACAGCUUGAGUGCAAAGCAUCUGGAAAUCCUUUGCCAGCUGUCACAUGGUACAAAGAUAACCACCCUCUCACCACUACAGCCACCAUCAUGUUCUUGAACAGAGGUCAUGUUGUACAAAUAGACACUGCCCAGAUCUCAGACAGUGGCAUUUAUAAGUGUGUUGUGGCAAAUGCAGCAGGAGUAGCUGAGCUGUUCUACAGUCUUCAGGUUCAUGUUCCACCCUCCAUUUCUGGUGAGACUGAAAUGGUAACUGUUGUGGUUAAUAAUCCAGUAAGGUUGGAAUGUGAAGCCCGCGGCAUCCCUCUUCCCAUUCUGACUUGGCUCAAAGACGGCAGCCCCGUUUCUAGUUUGGCCAAUGGACUCCAGAUUCUUUCAGGAGGUCGUGUUUUGGCACUAAUUAGUGCACAGAUCAGCGAUGCAGGGAAAUAUACAUGUGUUGCAGUGAACGCAGCGGGGGAGAAACAGAGGGAUUUUGAUCUCAGAGUUCAUGUUCCACCUAACAUUAUGGGAGAGGAACAGAAUGUCUCUGUAGUUAUGGGAGAAGAUUUAGAGCUCCACUGUCAGAGCAGUGCCAUUCCACCACCCACCCUAUCAUGGUUGAAGGAUGGCCGGCCAGUCCUGAAGAAGUUUGGCCACAGCGUUACAGAAGAUGGCAGUGUACUGAGAAUUGAAGGAGUUGAAGCUAAAGACACAGGACGGUACACUUGUGAAGCAACAAAUGCGGCUGGGAAAAGGGAGAAGAACUACAAUGUCAAUGUGUGGGUGCCUCCAAGUAUUUACAGUUCUGAUGUACAUACUCAGUUGACUGUAAUAGAAGGAAACCUUAUCAGUAUGAUAUGUGAGUCCAGUGGCAUUCCACCACCAGCCCUCAGCUGGAGAAAGAAUGGGGCUCCCCUUCUGGUUGACCCUACUGGCAGGAUCCGAGUGUUAUCUGGAGGACGACAGCUGCAAAUUUCUAUUGCUGAAAAAUCAGAUACAGCAUCCUAUAUGUGCAUGGCUUCUAAUGUAGCUGGAAUGGCAAAGAAGGAAUAUAGUUUGCUAGUGUAUGUUCAUCCUACUAUAUUGGAUGGUGAGAGCCAACAAUCGGAUGUGACUGUGACCCGGGGGAAUGAUAUUUCAUUAGACUGCAAGGCAGAAGGUAUUCCACAGCCAACUGUCACCUGGAUGAAGGAUGGUCAGCUGUUAGUCAACAGGAGGGGAGCUGAAAUACUGAAUGAAGGACGCCGUCUUCAACUUAAAAACACUCAGGUGUCCGACACGGGCCGCUAUGUGUGCGUUGCUGUGAAUGUGGCAGGACUGGCCGACAGGAAAUAUGACUUAAGUGUUCAUGUCCCUCCAAGUUUUGUGGGAGACCUGUCUGUGCCUGAAAAUAUCAGCACUUUGGAGAAAAAUCCUGUCACUCUGAUUUGUGAAGCCUCAGGAGUUCCCCAUCCGUCAAUAAUGUGGCUAAAAUAUGGGCAACCCAUAUCUUCAAGUAAUUCUGUAAGAAUCCUGUCAGGUGGCCGGAUGUUGCGUUUAAUGAAAGUGAAUGUGGAAGAUGCAGGUCGUUACACUUGUGUGGUGACUAAUGUUGCAGGAGAAGAGAGGAAAAACUUUGACCUUUCAGUUUUAGUUCCUCCAGGCAUUGUGGGAGAAAAUAACUUGGAAGAUGUGAAAGUGAAAGAGAGCCAGAGCAUUAUGCUGAAGUGUGAAGUGACAGGAAACCCCAUCCCAAAAAUUACAUGGCUAAAAGACGGUCAACCUUUUGUGGAGGAUGAUGAGCAUCAAUUAAUGUCCAGUGGUCGCUUUCUUCAAAUUACAAAUGCACAAGUAGCUGACACAGGGAGAUAUAUUUGUGUUGCAUCGAGCGUGGCUGGAGACAAGAGCAAAUCCUUCAGCGUUAAUGUACUUGUGUCUCCAACCAUUGUGGGUGCAGAUAAUGAUGGUGGCACAGAAGAGGUUACUGUCAUCUUGAAUAACCCAACUUCACUGGUUUGUGAAGCUUAUUCAUAUCCCCCAGCUACAGUUACCUGGCUGAAAGAUGGAGCUCUUAUAGAAUCAAACAGGAAUAUCCGGAUUUUGCCAGGUGGUCGAACUCUACAGAUUCUAAACGCACAGGAGGACAACACUGGUAGAUAUACUUGUGUUGCUGUAAAUGAAGCAGGAGAAACAUUAAAACACUAUGAAGUGAAAGUCUAUAUCCCUCCUACAAUAAACAGAGGAGAUUUAUCAGAAAUGGUCUUUUCUCCUAAAGAGGUGAAGAUCAGAGUGAACAACAGUCUUACGCUAGAAUGUGAAGCUCAUGCAAUUCCUGCUGCUGGCAUCAGAUGGUACAAGGAUGGACAGCUUAUUAUACCAGGUGAUCACAUCACAACCCAAGCUAGCGGGCGCACCCUACAGAUCAAGUCAGCACAGAUCUCUGACACUGGUCGUUAUAGUUGUGUAGCCUCCAAUAUAGCGGGAGAGGAUGAGCUGGAGUUCGAUGUCAACAUACAAGUUCCUCCUAGUUUCCAAAAACCGCCUGGAGGCUGGGAAGAUGGCAGUGUUCUGGGUACAGAAGCGAAAACUGUCAUACUGAACAAUCCACUUUCUUUAUACUGUGAGACGAAUGCUGUGCCCCCUCCGGUCCUUACUUGGUAUAAAGAUGGCUAUCUACUGAGUUCCAGUGGUAAAGUAUUGAUACUACCAGGAGGUCGUGUAUUGCAGAUUCCACGGGCUCAAAGUGAAGAUGCUGGUCGAUACAUAUGUGUGGCUGUAAAUGAGGCCGGAGAAGAUUCCAUCCAGUACAGUGUCCGCGUACUUUUGCCGCCCUCCAUUAAUGGAGCUAAUGGUGAUAUGCCUGAAGAGGUGACCGUGCUGAUGAGCAAGAUGGCCAUGAUGGAAUGUAUAGCAAAUGGUAGCCCUAUUCCAAGUAUAACCUGGCAGAAAGAUGGGCAGGUCUUAACUGAAGACUCCCAACACAAAUUCUUAGCCAAUGGAAGAACACUUCAGAUCCUCAGUUCCCAAAUAGCAGAUACAGGCAGGUAUGUCUGUGUUGUGGAAAAUACAGCAGGAAGUGCGAAAAAAUACUUUAAUCUUAAUGUCCAUGUUCCUCCAAGUGUUGCUGGUGUUAAUCCGGAAAAUUUGACUGUUGUGGUGAAUAACUUCAUCUCCUUGACAUGUGAGGUCACUGGCUUUCCGCCUCCUGAUCUCACUUGGCUCAAGAAUGGAAAACCUCUCAGCUUAAAUCCAAAUGCUCUUCUCAUACCUGGUGGACGCACCCUGCAGAUUCCUAGGGCACAUCUCUCUGAUGGUGGAGAAUAUGUUUGCAUAGCCAGAAACAGUGCUGGAGAGAGCAGAAGAAGGAGUUUUCUUACGGUUUAUGUUCCUCCUAGUAUUAAAGAUCACAGUGGUACAGCCCUUGCAGUAGUAAAUGUGAGAGUGGGAAUGCCAGUAACAUUGGAGUGUGAAUCCAAUGCUGUUCCACCGCCUAUCAUCACUUGGUAUAAGAACGGACACAUGAUCACAGCAUCGCCUAAUGUGGAAAUCAUAGCAGAUGGACAAAUGCUUCAUAUCAAGGCUGCUGAGGUGUCCGACACGGGCCAGUAUGUAUGCAAAGCCAUAAAUAUUGCAGGACGUGAUGACAAAAACUUCCAUCUUAAUGUUCAUGUCCCACCAACCAUUGAAGGCCCUGAGCAAGAGUGGAUCAAUGAAACCAUCAGUAACCCUGUAACUUUUACAUGCGAUGCCACUGGAAUUCCUCCUCCCAGAAUAACAUGGCUUAAGAACGGGAAGCCACUUGAAAAUGCUGCCUCUCUCGAAAUGCAUAUUUUGGCAGGAGGCAGCAAGCUGCAAAUUGCCAGAUCCCACUAUUCGGAUAAUGGGAAUUAUUCUUGCAUUGCCUCAAAUGUGGAAGGCAAAGCUCAGAAAUUCUAUGUCCUUUCUAUUCAAGUUCCUCCAGAUAUUGUGGGAUCUGAAGUGCCAAGUGAAAUCAGUGUUGUUCUUGGAGAGAACAUUCAUCUUUCCUGUAAGGCGAGUGGAAUCCCAAUACCUGUAAUUCAAUGGCUAAAAGAUGGAAAACCUGUCAUCAGUGAUGAAUCUCAGAGGAUGAGCUUAGCUCCAGAUGGAAGCUUACUGAGCAUUUUUGGAUCCCUCACGAGUGAUGUAGGGAAAUACACGUGUGUUGCUAUGAACCCUGCAGGAGAAGAAGAUAGAAUUUUCAACGUGAAUGUAUAUGUUCCACCAACUAUCACUAACAAUAAAGAAGAACCUGAGGCUCUAACAACUUUACUGGACACUUCCAUAAACAUUGAAUGCCAAGCUGUGGGCACUCCACCACCACAGAUCAAUUGGUUGAAGAAUGGACUCCCUCUUUCCAUAUCUUCACAUAUCAGGUUACUGUCGGCUGGACAGAUUCUCAGAAUUGUAAGAGCACAGAUAGCUGAUGUUGGCAUGUAUACAUGUGUAGCCUCCAACAGAGCUGGUGUGGACAAUAAGCACCACAGCCUUCAGAUUUAUGUACCACCAAGCAUAGAAAGUAGUGGAGAAACAGAAGAAAUAACUGUUAUAAAAGGGAAUCCAGUGGCUUUGGUUUGUUUGGCUGAUGGAAUCCCAGCACCUCGUAUGUCAUGGCUUAAAGAUGGCCAAUCUUUCAUCCUUGGUUCUCAUGUGACUUUGGAAAACCAAGAUAUGGGUCUUCACAUAGCCAAAUCAGAGAGUGAUGAUACAGGUCGAUAUACCUGUAUAGCAUCUAAUGAAGCUGGAGAAGUCAACAAGCACUUUAAUCUUAAAGUUCUAGUUCCUCCUAAUAUUGCUGGUACAAGCAGUCCGCAACAUCUCAGUGUGCUGAAGAAUAGGCAGAUUAUCCUGGAGUGCAAAUCAGAUGCAGUGCCUCCUCCCACAAUCACAUGGCUCAAAGAUGGAGAGAUGUUGCAGGCAACUCCUCGUGUUCGCAUCUUAUCUAGUGGGAGAUACUUGCAGAUCAAUAAUGCUGACCUAAGUGAUACAGCAAGUUAUACCUGUGUUGCAAGUAAUAUUGCAGGCCAAACAAAAAGAGAGUUUGUAUUGUCCAUAAAUGUUGCUCCUACAAUUAAAAGUGGUCCUCAGUCUGUGACUGUGCAUAUUAAUAUGUCUACUGUCUUGGAGUGUGUUGUGGAAGGCAUUCCAGCCCCAAGAAUUUCAUGGAGAAAGGAUGGGACCCUUUUUGCUGGAAACAAUGCCAGAUAUUUAGUGUCAAACAAUGGAUCCCUUCAUAUACAUUCAGUGCAAAUUACUGACACUGGGCGAUAUCUUUGUAUGGCAACCAACGUUGCUGGCACUGAGCGGAAGCGGAUUGACCUCCAUGUGCAUGUUCCUCCAUCAGUUGCUCCUGGGCCUGUCAACAUCACAGUUACUGUGAACGUCCAAACCACCUUGCCAUGUGAAACCACAGGAAUCCCUAAGCCAGUAAUAACCUGGAAGAGAAAUGGCCACCCCCUUAAUGUGGACCAGAUGCAGAAUUCAUUCAGGCUUUUGUCUUCAGGGUCACUAGUAAUCAUUUCUCCCACCAUAGAUGAUACUGGUCUGUAUGAAUGUGUGGUAACAAAUGAAGCCGGCAAGGAUCAAAGAGCAAUUGCUCUCAAUGUACAAGUGCCACCAUCCUUAGCAGAUGAAGCUACAGAGCUGCUGGUGACCAAGUCUUCUCCAGUAGUAAUUCCUUGCACUGCAACAGGUGUUCCCUUGCCAACAAUACACUGGACCAAGAAUGGAAUAAAGCUUCUUCCUCGGGGAGAUGGCUACAGAAUUUUAUCUUCAGGUGCUAUUGAAAUAACUGCUGCUCAGCUGAUCCAUGCGGGAAAAUACACCUGCACUGCACAGAAUGCUGCUGGCUCAGCCCACCGACACAUCACUCUUAAUGUUCAGGAACCACCAACUAUUCAAGUCCAGCCUGGAACACUUGAGGUUAUUCUCAACAAUGCCAUUCUCUUACCAUGUGAAGCAGUAGGCACACCUCAUCCUGUAAUAACGUGGCAGAAGGAAGGGGUCAGUAUAAUCACAACAGGGAACAGUUAUACAGUUCUUCCCAGUGGCGGUCUGCAGAUUACAAAGGCUACUGCUGAAGAUGCUGGAACUUAUAUAUGUGUUGCUCAGAACCCAGCAGGCACUGUAGUUGGAAAGAUCAAACUAAAAAUUCAAGUUCCUCCAGCUAUCAAAUCUCAUCUGGAAGAGUAUGUUGUUGUUGUGGAUAAACCUGCCACUCUGUUGUGUGAAGCAGAAGGCUACCCAGUUCCUGAGACUACAUGGUAUAAAGAUGGAGAGCAGGUCACAGAGUCCAUGAGGCUGCGGAUUCUCAGCACAGGAGCUUUGCAGAUUGCAUUUGCUCAGCCCGCUGACACUGGACGUUAUACAUGCACUGCAACAAAUGUGGCUGGAUCAAGCAGCUCCAGCAUGGAACUCACUGUCCUUAUUCCACCUAAGAUACGCAGUACAGAGGAUCACUACACAGUUGUGGAAAAUUUCCGUGUAGUUCUGCCAUGUGUUGCUGAUGGAAAUCCAACACCAUCCAUGAAAUGGAAGAAAGAUGAGAUUCUUUUAACAAACUUGAUGGGAAAACACACAACUGUGCCAUACGGAGAUCUUGUUGUGGAAAAUGCUGUGCCUGAGGAUUCUGGCAGCUACACCUGUAUUGCUAGCAAUGUUGCUGGUGAGGAUAGCCACACUGUAAACCUAACAGUCCAUGUGCUGCCAAAGUUUAUUGAACUCCCUGGAGAUGUGGCUUUAAACAAAGGAGAACAACUUCGGUUAACUUGCAAAGCAACUGGAGUUCCCAUACCCCAAAUCAUAUGGACUUUUAACAAUAAUAUUAUCCCAGCACAAUAUGAUGGUAUGAACGGACUUAGUGAACUUGUUAUUGAAAGAGUAUCUAAGGAGGACUCAGGUACUUACGUGUGUACAGCAGAAAACCUGGUUGGUUCUGUCAAGGCUCUCGGAUUUGUAUAUGUUAAAGAGCCUCCAGUUUUCAUGGGAGACUAUCAUUCCAGUCGGAUUGAGCCCCUUGGCGGCAAUGCUAUUCUCAACUGUGAAGUCACAGGAGACCCACCACCAACUAUCCAAUGGAGCAAAAAAGGAGUUGUUAUUCAGAUCAGCAACCGAAUCAGACAACUCAACAAUGGAUCCCUGGCCAUCUACGGCACAGUAAAUGAAGAUGCAGCAGAAUAUACAUGUGUAGCCACCAAUGAAGCUGGUGUGGUUGAACACCAUGUCACCCUAACACUACAGCGUACACCCGUUAUUACAAUUGAACCGGUAGAGACUAUUGUUGAUGCUGGAACCACAGCGGUGCUGAACUGCCAAGCAGAAGGAGAACCUCCCCCAACUAUCGAGUGGUCCCGCCAAGGCUGGCCUCUCCAUAGCCAAGAGCGAAUGACUGUUUUGACGAAUGGUUCCUUGCGCAUUGCAGCUGCACGUAAGGAAGAUACUUCUGACUAUGAAUGUGUAGCGAGGAACCUCAUGGGCUCUGUCCUGGUCAAAGUGCCAUUUAUUGUCCAAGUGCAUGGGGGAUUUUCUGAGUGGCUUGAGUGGCAACCAUGUAGCAUAACAUGUGGUCAAGGAGUUCAGAAAAGGACCCGUCGAUGUAACAAUCCUCUACCUGCAAAUGGUGGACGACACUGUAUUGAGCCUGAUUAUGAAGUACGAAGCUGUCAGAACAAACUGUGUCCGGUGGAUGGGAGCUGGUCAGAAUGGGGGUCUUGGGAAGAAUGCUCGAAAACCUGCUGGCAAGGCAACAAGACAAGAACCAGAACUUGUAGCAGCCCCCGAGCUCAGCACGGUGGAAAGCCUUGCGAUGGCAAUGCAGCAGAGUCAGUCAUCUGCAACAUUAGGCCUUGUCCAGUCAAUGGUGCUUGGGGUUCUUGGCUUCCAUGGGGACCUUGCAGUGAGACAUGCGGGAAAGGCACUCACGUCAGAGUAAGGCUGUGCAAUAAUCCCCCUCCAUCAUUUGACGGUUCUUCCUGUGAUGGACCAGAUGCACAGGCACAGGUUUGCAGUGAGAGGGACUGUCCAGUGAAUGGCAAGUGGACUUCCUGGUCCAGCUGGAGUGCUUGUACGAUGUCCUGUGGAGGUGGUACCCGGCAGAGAACAAGAGUUUGCUCAGACCCACCACCAAAAUAUGGCGGACACAAAUGUGAAGGGAACGAUGUGCAGGUUGACUUUUGCAACAGUGACCCUUGCCCUACACAUGGCAACUGGGGCCCAUGGAGCAACUGGGGCACUUGCAGUCGAACAUGUAAUAGUGGCCAGAUGAGGAGAUACCGGACUUGUGACAACCCUCGUCCACUCAAUGGCGGAAGAGCUUGUGCAGGGGCUGAUACACAGAUCCAGAGAUGUCAUGCAGAACUAUGUCCUGUUGAUGGAAACUGGGGCCCUUGGCAGCCUUGGAGCACAUGUUCUGCUACUUGUGGAAGAGGGGAACAGACUCGAUCACGACUGUGCAAUCAUCCAUUCCCAUCAAGCAAUGGGCGCCCUUGUCCUGGAGACAAGUCUCAGGUAUCCAGGUGUAACACUCAAGCUUGUCCAGGUGGGCCCCCACGCACUAGAGGAAGUAUAAUUGGAAAUAUUAAUGAUAUUGAGUUUGGAAUAGCUUUCUUGAAUGCCACCAUAAAGGAUAGCCCAGAUCUGGAUACUAGAAGAAUACAAGCCAAAAUUACGAAUAUCCCUCGGAGUCUUGGUCCAGCAAUGAGAGCACUAGUUUCUGUUCUGAGUCCAAUUUACUGGACAACUGCCAAAGAAGUUGGGGAAGCCGUGAAUGGUUUUUCACUCACCAACGCAGUUUUCAAGAGAGAAACUCAAGUGGAAUUUGCUACUGGGGAGCUCUUACGAAUGACUCAUAUUGCCCGUGGCUUGGAUUCAGAUGGUUCUUUACUCUUGGAUGUUGUCAUCAAUGGCCAUGUACUACCACUACAGUCAUUAGCUGAUGUUAAUGUAAAGGAUUAUACAGAAGAUUAUAUUCAGACAGGUCCUGGUCAACUCUAUGCUUAUUCUACAAGGCUCUUCACCAUAGAUGGAGUUAGUGUACCAUAUACUUGGAAUCAUACGAUUACCUAUGAUGAGGAUCAUGGAAGAAUGCCCUUUUUGGUGGAAAUGCUCCAAGCCUCCUUUAUUGAAACAGAAUACAAUCCACUUGAAGAAGCCCUAACAUUCAAAAUUCGUGCUUCCAUUACCAAAGGACACCAUAGCAACCAGUGUCCUAAUGGGUUUCAUUUGGAUACUUCUGGACCCUACUGUUCAGAUGAAGAUGAGUGUACUACUCAAAAUCCAUGUUCCCACACAUGCCACAAUGCUGUGGGAACGUAUUAUUGUUCCUGUCCCAAAGGCCUUACCAUUUCAGCAGAUGGAAGAGCAUGCCAAGAUAUUGAUGAGUGUGCCUUGCGAAGGCAUUCAUGCCACCCUGGCCAAGAUUGUGAGAAUAUCAUUGGUUCUUAUCAUUGUGUGGUUCAGUGUGGCAUUGGCUUCAAAAGAACAUCAGAUGGACUGAGCUGCCGAGGUAUGGAGAUGGAUUUACUCAUCAGUACUGAUAAUCUAUUUUUAACCUUCUGUCUUUUUAAAGAUGUGAAUGAAUGUAGGCAAAAUGUGUGCAGACCUGACCAGCUCUGCAAGAAUACGCGGGGUGGCUAUAAAUGCAUUGAUCUGUGCCCAAAUGGAAUGACCAAAGCAGAAAAUGGAACAUGCGUAGAUAUUGAUGAAUGCAGAGAUGGCACUCAUCAGUGCCGAUACAAUCAGAUAUGUGAAAAUUCACGAGGAAGCUACCGGUGUGUGUGUCCAAGAGGUUUCCGGUCCCAGGGCGUUGGAAGACCCUGCAUGGACAUUAAUGAAUGUGAACAAGUGCUUAUACCUUGUGCCUAUCAGUGCACCAACAGCCCUGGCAGCUUCAAGUGUAUCUGUCCCCCUGGACAACAUUUAUUAGGAGAUGGCAAAUCUUGCGCCGGAUUGGAAAGGUUCCCAAAUUAUGGCACCUAUUACAAUAGCUAUAGCUAUGUUCAGUCCUCCCCUGUGAGAGACAACUACCGACCACAGCAGUAUAUCAGGCACUCCUCCAGUCUCUACAGCUCCUACUCAGAGUAUAGGAACAGCAGAGUGCCCAUCUCCAGGACUAAAAGGAGUGUUAGAAAGACUUGCCCUGAAGGCUUUGAGGCAAGAAAUAACAAAUGUAUAGAUAUUGAUGAAUGUGAAAAUGGGGAUGUUUGUCAGCAUGAAUGCAGGAACACUUUAGGAAGUUACCAGUGUUUCUGUCCAGCUGGUUACCGAGUAAUGGCCAAUGGCAAAACAUGCCAAGAUAUAGAUGAGUGCCUUGAACAAAAUAUCUAUUGUGGACCAAAUCGCAUGUGCUUUAACAUGAGAGGAAGCUAUCAAUGUAUUGAUACACCUUGUCCUCCAAAUUAUCAGCGAGAUUCUCUUUCUGGGUUCUGCCUCAAGAACUGCCCACCCAAUGAUCUGGAGUGUGCCUUGAGCCCCUACGCCUUGGAAUACAAACUUGUAUCCCUCCCAUUUGGGAUUGCAGCUAAUCAGGAUUUAAUCCGACUAGUUGCCUAUACUGAAGAUGGAGUGAUGCAUCCAAGAACAACUUUCAUUAUGGUAAAUGAGGAUGCAACAAUCCCUUUUGCACUCAGAGAUGAAAAUUUGAAAGGAGUGGUGUACACAACCAGGCCUCUGCAAGAGCCAGAAACAUACAGGAUGAGAGUCAAGGCUCUCUCUUAUGACAUCAAUGGAGCCAUUGAGUAUCAGACAACUUUCAUAGUCUAUAUAGCUGUGUCUGCUUAUCCAUACUAGGAAAAGCUCUGCUGAGAGUAAUCAAAGUAUGUUAACCACAUGCAUAUGUUUGCCACUGGGUGUCGCCACUUCCAGAAUGACCACUGCCUCAUCUUAAACCAGUUGCAGACUCUGCAGCUUAUGGGAAGAAAAUGGUGCUAUGUUCUAUCUUUGUUUCUUCCCUUUAGCCGCUAAUCUGUUGCAAUCCAUCUUGACAAAAAUGGCCAUAAACCACGAUUCUUUAGAAUCGUAACCACUUGCUUUAUUUAUUACACUGGAGCAGUCACUUCCCAAAGAUUGUUAUGCUGACUGUUUGAGACUAAUUUAGAAGGACUAAUUAGCUGGUGAUGCGGUGGUUGUAAGUGGAAGGCAAAAGAAAAGCCAUUAUUUCCCCUGAUAUGAAAACAAAUUUAGGUGUAUUUCUCACAGAAUUGCAAGAAAGAUUUUUUUUAAAAGAGGGCAAUAUCCUUUUGGACUCUAACACAUUGCCCGGAGCUCCAGAUUUGUGCAGAUAUGGAACAGGGUAUCAGCUGCAUCUUUGUUUAGCAAGUGGUGGAGCUAGAGCUGUCUUUUCUUGCCAUGGUGAGGAGUGCUUCUUUCUUGAUACUCAAAAACACUAAAUUUAGACACUAUUCUUGUUUCAGUAGGUAGUUUUGAAAGAGCAGAGAUGGCAAUGUGAAUAGAGAAAAGCUUUUGAUAUUGUUUCUUAAAUGUUUUUGUGUUCUAUAUUUCACUAUGCCUUAUCAUGUCCUUUGGACCUCUUUACUCCAUUUUCUCUGAAUAACCCUUAUGUAUAUGGGUGCUUGGUUUGGAAACACCACCUCAGAAUCAUUCCUGAAAAUAUUGGAGGUGUAUUGUACAGGCUAAGAAAUUCAGGUUUCUCCUUCAACGGUUGACAGGAAAGAUUAGCUUAUAUGGAGCAUUGCCAAUAUCAAAUCAAUUAGGUUUCAAGAAAGAGACAGAAAUCUAGAAAGGUGUCGCAAGUUUGGUCAAGCAGUGCAUUAGGUGUCAAUACACUGUAUAAGGUGGUAACAAACUCUGGAAGUAAUUUGCCAAGAUGUAUUCUAUUUUUAUGAAAGUAUGUAUGUAUAUAUAAUGUGUCAUUUGCUUGUGUGUAUUUUCUAUGCAACAUCAAAGUGUUUCCCCGUCCCCAAAAAAUGAAAACAAAUGUUUUACUAAAGAGGAUUGUUUACACAAUGGAAAUAACCAAAA